GAGUGCGUCCGCAGUCUCUACGCGCUUCCCCUCCCUCCAUCGCCGCCCGUGAGCUCGCGUCCGGCUACCUCUUCACUUCAUCUUUCCAGGUGCCUCCCAAAGCACCACUUUGUUCAGCCUUACUCUUUGUUCGCGCGUUUCGCACCAAGACAAGAACAAAAUGAGCAUGGACGCUGGCGGUCUUGCUCAAAUGACCUACAACAACUUCCAGUCCGGUGGUCUCGGCAUGCCUACUGGUGGCUUUGGAUCGCGCGGUAAGGGCGCUUCGCUCAAGCGCCUGAGCGUCGCCUCUCCUCCCAAGGUUGCCUCCAUUGCCGAGAACUCUGAGCAGGUAGCAACUCCUCGCACUAGUCGCUCCCACCUCCUCGCUGGUCUUCGUACUGCCCCGAAGACGCCUACCUCUGCCCAGCCUCCUGCGUCCGCCCCAUACGGCCAGCGUCAGCACAAUGUGGGUGCUCGCCAGGGCUUCAACGGAAACCAGGGCAUGCCGCAGACUGCUGUUGGCGCCGGUUUCACCAGCGCCCCGCAGUACGGCCAGCAGCAGAUGAUGUACGACCAGGUUCUUGCACCUCCUCAGCUUCAGUUUGAGGACGGUGAGAUCGACCCCAACAUUGCCGCUCAGCUUCUCGCGACCGAGAUUUACUUGGCCCAGCGCCAGCAGCAGCUUCAGCAGCAGCUCCUCAACCUCACUGCUCAGCAGUUUGGCAACAUGAACCUCGGCGGCGGCAUGCGCCAGCAGUCGUUCCCCAACAUGGCGUACACUCCUUACGGCCAGCAAACCCAACAGAACGCUCUGCUCCAGGAGACCGGCCAGCCCGGUGUCUACCUGGCCUACAACCAGUUGACUGGCCAGUACCAGUACGUGGUGGACCCUGCUCUGCAGCAGGAGAUGGCAGAGUUCCAGGCUGCCGGUCUGUCUCACUCUCCACCACCGCCCACUCCUGGUUUCGCGCACUCUCCCCCCAAGUCCAACACUCCCACCGUGCAGGUGUCGCCUCCCAACGAGUCCAACCCCAGCCCUUGGGCCUCACGCAGCUCUUCUCCCCCGAAGAAGUCGAACACGCCGCCCCAGAACUUCGACCCGCUUCCGCCGCCAUCCGCCAACGCUUUCCGCCGCGGCCACAAAAAGACUCUCUCUACGCUUGCUCUGGACGCGAAGACUGAGGCUCCCGAGGGUCCCAAGUCUGCUUUUGCUCGCCCUGUAGGCUUUCCGGCCACUCCCAACACAGGCACUUUCGGUCCCGGCCAAGCACGUGCAGGAGAGCACCCUACUCGUCAGCCCCGUGGACCACCUUCGAUCGAAGACCUGAAGGAGAAGCCUACCACCAAGCACGAGGGCAGCAAGAACUUUGCUGCUCGUCAACGCCGACAGGCUGUAAGCAACCUUGUUCGCGCUGGUGUGGGACGCCGUACCCAGCGUCCUGGCAGCGCCGGUAGCACCAGCCCAGUGAGCGAGACUGAGAUGUCUUUUCCAUUGUCCGACAACGACACCGACAGCGUCCGAAGUGCCGGCAGCGGCAGCCUUUCUGGCAAACAGAGCAUCGGCAGCCUGCGCGCGGCUGCCAAUGGUGCCAUCGGUUCCGAGAGGAAGGCGUCCAAGGAGCGUUCUCGCGACCGCACUGUCGACCGAUCGUACACUGCCAACAGCAUCAGCAGCGAUGAGGGUAUUUCCGUUGGUGGCGGUCUCGUCGAGAUCCGCGCGGAGGAGCAGAGGCAGCGAAUGCCCACGCUUGUUCUCACUUCCGCCGAGAAGCGCAAGAGCUCAAUGUUCUAGAUUCUUCUGGGCUGAGAGAACCUGCUGCUCUCCUGAGAUGCCACCGGGCUCUCUUGUUCAUAC